AUGAUUCACCUCACUGAUUGAGGACUGUGUUGUAUUGAUCGGGAUUACUUACUCAUCAAAUUUUGAAUUUCUCGAAUACUUCACUUCUCAUUUGUAUUUUAUUGUGAAGAGCAGCCUUGAAAAACUACGAAAUGGCGUCUGAAACUCUAAUCCCAUUAGAAUCAAACCCUGAAGUUAUGAAUAAGUUUCUCCAGAAACUGGGUGUACCUAGUCAGUGGGCUAUUGUCGAUGUUAUGGGUUUAGAACCUGAAAUGCUGUCAUGGGUGCCUCGUCCUGUGUUGUCUGUUAUGCUCCUCUUCCCUACUUCUGACCCUUAUGAGGAGCAUAAGCAGAAGGAAGAAAGUGAUAUUUUAUCCAAAGGUCAAGAAGUUUCUAGUAAUAUUUUUUAUAUGAAGCAGUAUAUUAGUAAUGCAUGUGGCACUGUCGCCCUAGUGCACAGUGUCGCUAAUAAUACCGAUAAGAUUGAUCUGACUGAAGGUCACAUGAAGUCAUUCUUAGACGAAGCCAAAGAAUUAGAUGCUCCUGCUCGGGGCAAGCUGCUAGAAAAGUGUGAGGGCAUUAUCAAGGCCCAUAAAGAACUAGCUCAGGAAGGUCAAACCAACACUCCAAGUGCAGAAGAACCUGUGAACCAUCACUUCAUAACUUUUGUUCAUAAGGAUGGAGCCUUGUAUGAACUGGAUGGGCGUAAAGCAUUCCCUAUUAACCACGGCCCCACUACACCUGAUACCUUACUAGAAGAUGCUGCUAAGGUGUGCAAGGAGUUCAUGGCCCGAGACCCCAAUGAAGUUCGUUUCACAGUGAUUGCACUGGCAGCUUCUGACUAAUGUGUCAAUGUGUAGAAUUUUAAGCACUCUACAGCAUUUAGCUGGCUGUAGUUUAUCAAGCUGUGCUUUAUAUCCAAGCUUAAUAAUAUUCUCACGUUUGAUACAAAAAGGUGCAAUGCAAGCUUUUGUGAUACUCAAUACAAAGUAUUUAUUUUGAAAUAGAAUUCGUAAUAAAUUUUUCAUAAAUUGGCUUAAA